AAAACGCAUAUAGCUCAUCAAUUGCUGUUAAAUAAACAAACAAUGGACCUGAAUGUUUGAAGAAAGGCACGCCCCUUAUCAGUCAAAAUUAUAUAUAUAGGGGUACAAUGGCACCCAUUUUCAGCAUCAACGAGUCAUCCUCUCCUUACUCUCUUUACACCACCAAGGAACACAUUCUGACGGAUAAAUCGUGUAGUCCGAUUUACGUCAUAUAGUUAAACUACACGUAAAGCCUCACGUCGUAGACAGUCACCAAAUACACAAGGCAGAUUCCUCUGAGAUUCAUUGUCUUAAUACACAGUAACACACGGAUAGCCUCUACUUUGUGCGCUACUGAAACUUCCUUUCUUUCAACACCUAUUGACCGCUUUCUCCUGUUAGCGGAUUUUUCUGUCUCUAUAUGAGAAUCAACUUUCUUGCUAAGGCGUUCUUUAUUGCCCAAGCUUUUGCUCUGGGCAGCGCCGUGAAUCCACUUCGUCAGUUCUUCCCUGAUGAUCGUUCGGGCGCUGGAAUCCAUCCCGUCGACAGUCUCCAAAACUCUGGCUCUGUCAAUGCCGAGUUUGCAGCUCAGAACUACAUCAUUGUCUUCAAGAGCCAUGUUGCUGAUGCCGAAAUUGAGAAGCACGAAAACUGGCUCCAAAGCAUGCACCAGAAGCGCUCAAUCGACUGGCAUGAUGUGACGAACUUCGUUAUCAAGCACACGUUCAAUAUUGGUGAUCUCUUCCGUGGUUAUGCCGGAAAGCUGGCUCCUUGGUUGGUUCGUGAACUCCAAAAGCACCCUGACGUGCUUCUUGUAGAGCCCGAUCAAGUCAUGCACGUCAAGGAGGAACGCACCUUGGCUCCCUGGGGUCUGGCCCGUAUUUCUCACAAGGAGAAACUCAACCUCGUUACUUUUACUCGUUACCAAUACGAUGAGAGUGCUGGUGAGGGUGUCACCGCUUACGUCGUCGACACUGGCAUCAACACCGAGCAUCGCGAUUUUGGUGGACGUGCCGUUUGGGGUAUUACAAUUCCCACUGGUGAGCCUGAUGAAGACCAGAACGGACACGGUACCCAUGUCGCAGGAACCAUUGCUGGUAACACUUUUGGUGUCUCUAACAAGGCCAAGGUGGUUGCAGUUAAGGUUUUGAACGCUGAAGGCUCUGGUCUUGUUUCCGAUAUCAUCAAGGGUAUCGAAUGGGUCUACAAGGCGUCGAAGAAUGACACAGAGUCCAUCUCUUCUGUUGUCAAUAUGUCUUUGGGUGGUGAUGCUAGUGUUGCUCUUGACACCGCCGUUUCUGCUGCCAUUCAACAGGGUCUGUUCUUUGCUCUUGCUGCCGGCAAUGAGGCCCAAGAUGCUUGCCAAGUUUCUCCCGCCCGUGUGUCCACUGCUAUGACUGUUGGUGCUAUGACAUGGAAGGAUGAGGUUGCCUCUUUCUCCAACAUUGGUUCCUGCGUUGAUGUUUUUGCCCCUGGUCACUAUGUUUUGUCCGACUGGAUUGGUUCUGACUCGGCCUUCAUGCUUUUGUCCGGUACUUCUAUGGCCUCUCCUCACAUUGCUGGUUUGGCCGCUUACUUCACUGCCUUAAACCAUUCCUUGGCCUACAACCCUGCUGCUCUCAAGGCACACAUUCUGUCUGCUGCCACCGAGGGACUUUUGGAUAAUGUCCCCUCUGACACUCCCAAUUUGCUUGCCUACAACCAGUACGAGGCUUAAUAUGUCUGUACUAUUGAGAAAUGCCCUUUAUACGAAACCUGUGACGAAGUUACGACAAAUUGUCAGAGUACCUUUACCUGACACGAUCAUGCUCAGGCCUUGUGCUUGUUAGUCAUAAUUAAUGCUAGUGAAUGAAAUGUUGUUUCUCAGUCCAGCCGAUCUGUUUUGGACAGAGUCAGUCGCUGUUGACGAAGAACGAAUUUUUCCCUUCUUUACA